AUAACACUCCUAAAACGGGGAAGGCUUCUAUAAAACAGGGACGCACUGAAGAUCCAAGGAACACAAUUGUUUUUUCUCAGAAACGGAAAAGAGGAACUUAAAGCCAAGAUGAGACUGUAUCUUGCAGCUGCCGUGCUGUUGCUGGCUUUUGUGGCAUACACAGAGGCUCAGGAUGAUGCAAUUGCAGACAAGUUCACCAACUUUGGGGAUCAGAUUGCAGAGUUUGGCAAGAAUGUGGCUGAAAAGGCCCAGACUCACUUUGACAACAUUAGGACCAGUGACUUUGCUGAGUCCACCAAAAACUGGUUCACAGAGCAGUUUCAGAAGAUCAAGGCCAAGUUAGAUGAAAUCUCUCAAUGAACUGGAGGUCCAGGCAACGACCUGCCCUCUACCCUCAACGCCCACGCUGGCAGAUGACCUGCCUCUACACCAUCUGAAGGCUGAAAUGACAUUGCUCAACAAAAUGGCCAAAACUAACCUCUUCGGUCAUUUUUUUGCCAAUAAUCGUUUUGGGAAAAACUGUGUAAAAGUGUAAUAAAACACACUGAAUAAGAUAUUCUGUAAAUUUCAUUAUAUUUCUAUAGAAAUAAAAUAAGAACUUUUACACAAAUA